AUGGCUCUGUCACAGGUGCCCGGGCCCUGCCUGCUCACCAUUCGUGUCCUGCAGGCCCAUGGCCUGCCCUCCAAGGACUUGGUGACGCCCUCUGAUUGCUAUGUGACCCUCUGGCUGCCCACGGCCUCCACCCACAUCCUCCAGACCCGCACCGUGAAGAACAGCAGAGACCCCGUCUGGAAUCAGAGCUUUCACUUCCAAAUCCACAGCCAGCUCAAGAACAUGGUGCAACUCGAAGUCUUUGAUCAGGACCUUUUGACCAAAGACGAUCCGGUGUUGUCAGUCCUGUUUGAUGUGGGGACAUUGCGGGCCGGAGAGUCCCGGCGUGAGAGCUUCUCGCUGAGUGCUCAGGGCGAGGGCCAACUAGAUGUUGAAUUUCGGCUGCGGAGUCUGUCAGACUGUGCUGAGCGGCUCGUCAGUAACGGCAUCCUGGUGGCCCGGGAGCUGUCCUGCUUGCAUGUUCGGCUGGAGGAGGCAGGGGACCAGAAGUGGUCAAAGGGCAGAGUUCAGCUUGCGGUUCCUGGGUCGUAUGAGGGUCUGCAGGAGACCUCUGUGGGCACCGGCUCCUUCCACUUCCACUACCCGGCCUGCUGGGAGCAGGAAUUGAACAUCCACCUGUCGGGUGCCCCUCAAGAGCAACUGAAGGUGCCCCUGAGUACCCUGCCCUCCAGCCAACUGGUGAGGUUCGUCUUUCCUACAUCUCAGGAGCCCCUGAUACAGGUGGAGCUGAAAAAAGAAGAAGGCCCCAGGGAGCCGGCCGUGCGGUUAGGCUGUGAGCCCUGCGCCGAGGAGCAGGCCUUCCUGAGCAGGAGGAAGCAGGUGGUGGCCCGGGCCCUGAAGCAGGCCCUGCAGCUGGACGGAGACCUGCAGGAGGAUGAGGUCCCUGUGAUAGCCAUUAUGGCCACUGGUGGUGGCAUCCGGGCAAUGACAUCCCUUUACGGGCAGCUGGCGGGCCUGAAGGAGCUGGGCCUCCUAGAUUGCAUCUCCUACAUCACAGGGGCCUCUGGCUCCACUUGGGCUAUGGCCAGUCUCUACGAGGACCCAGAGUGGUCUCAGAAGGACCUAGCAGGACCCAUUGAGUUGCUGAAGACCCAGGUGACCAAGAGCAAGCUGGGUGCGCUGGCACCCACCCAGCUGCAGCGGUACCGGCAGGAGCUGGCCGAACGUGUCCGCCUGGGCCAUCCUUCCUGCUUCACUAACCUGUGGGCCCUCAUCAAUGAGGCGCUGCUACAUGAUGAGCCACAUGACCACAAACUCUCAGACCAGCGGGAGGCCUUGAGUCGCGGCCAGAAUCCUCUACCCAUCUACUGUGCCCUCAACACCAAGGGGCAGAGCCUAACCACCUUUGAGUUUGGGGAGUGGUGCGAGUUCUCCCCAUACGAGGUUGGUUUCCCCAAGUACGGGGCCUUCAUCCCCUCCGAGCUCUUCGGCUCUGAGUUCUUCAUGGGGCGCCUGAUGAAGCAGCUCCCGGAGUCCCGCAUCUGCUUUCUGGAAGGUAUCUGGAGCAACCUGUACGCAGCCAACCUCCAGGACAGCUUGUACUGGGCCUCGGAACCUUGCCAGUUCUGGGACCGCUGGGUACACAGUCAGGCCACCCUGGACAAGGAGCAGGUCGCUCUUCUGAAGAUACAAGAGCCUCCCACUUUGGCCGGCAGGAUAGCUGAGUAUUUUACUGACCUUCUGACGCGGCGCCCACUUGCCCAGGCCACCCACAAUUUCCUGCGUGGCCUCCAUUUCCACAAGAACUAUUUUGAGCACCCUCAUUUCUCUGCCUGGAAAGCCACCAAGCUGGACGGGCUCCCCAACCAGCUGACGCCCGCGGAGCCCUGCCUCUGCCUGCUGGAUGUGGGCUACCUCAUCAACACCAGCUGCCCGCCCCUCCUGCGGCCUACGCGGGAUGUGGACCUCAUCCUGUCGCUCGAUUACAACCUCCACGGAGCCUUCCAGCAGCUGCAGCUCCUGGGCCGCUUCUGCCAGGAGCAGGGGAUCCCGUUCCCGCCCGUCUCGCCCAGCGUGGAGGAGGAGCUCCGGCCCGCGGAGUGCCGCUUGUUCGCGGACCCCCAGCAGCCCCAGGCCCCGGCCGUGCUGCACUUCCCUCUGGUCAACGACUCCUUCCAGGAGCACUCGGCCCCGGGGGUUCGGCGGACACCUGAGGAGAAGGCCGCUGGGGACGUGGACCUGUCUCCAUCCGGCUCCCCUUACCACUACUCGAAGGUCACCUACAGCCAGGAGGACGUGGACAAGCUGCUCCGCCUGACACACUACAACAUCUGCAACAGCCGGGCACAGCUGCUGGAGGCCCUGGCGGGCGCUGUGCGGCGGCGGCGGCAGCGCAGGCGUCACCAGCCCUAGGACGGUGGCAGAGGGGUGCCUGCCCGACCCCCCACCCCGCUUUCACUUCCGGGCUGCUGCGUCAGAGUUGGGCAAAGGCCGUCCUCCGCAGGUGGCUCGGAGCCUGUGGAGGCUCACCGACACGUGGGCCCUGGACCCCAACCUGGCACUGAAGUUGCCGGCAGCCCUGCUGUGGACACCCUGGGGUCGGUCGGGUUUUAAAGUGGGGUGUGGGCUGUCAGGCCCGCCAGCCUCGGGUCCAGAGGGAAGAUGGUGGCUGGAGCCCAGCGUGGGGCCACAUUUCUGCGAGCACUCCAAACCCCGUGUCGCCGUCCCCUUCUUGCCUCCCGACCCCCACGAGUCAUUGCGUAGCGUGAAGGAGAGCACCGCAUGGAUCAGGGGCUCGGGCAAGCUAAACGCGUUAUCUGAGGUGUCCUGUCGUUGCUGCCCAGAAAGGGGCUGUCCAGGCUCUUGGGUGCACAGCGAGGUGUCUGGAGUCUCCCUGCUGCAGCCCUAGCCCUGCCCAGGUGAGCAGACUUUGCCCACCCCCCAUCCUCUGCACCUCUGAGACCGGAGGGGCGCUUACUGUCACAGUAGGGUGUCCCGCGUGGGGCCAGAUGAGCUGAGGAGAGUAGCACUGGUGCCAUCACUUCAGCACGAUGUGGCUUUGCGUGGUCCUGAGAGACCUGGCGGCAGAGUCUCGUUCUGGUCUUCUAGAGCAUGGCCUGCUGGUAGCCCUGAGGUUCUGUGCCGCCUCAGGGCUUGUUGGGAGAUCUGGGAGGUGUAGCUAGCUGAUUUUGGUCCCUGGUGCCCCAGGCCUCACUUGGAAUCCUCUCCCUCCCUACAGGCACAGGGCAUGUGGCUAAAGGCUGCGCACAGGCAGCUGUGAGCGGGACCUCUGUGGGGUGCGUGGGAGACGCCCUGGGCAUUGCUGGGGAACCCCAGACAGAAGAUCUUUAUAGAUAUAAGCUGGCCGAUUCCGUCAGCUUUCUGGAAGAACAAAGGCAGUGAAGGGUAAUUGUAAUAGGUAAUGAAACGUAUUGAUGAUUGGAAACUAGAGAGCUGUUCUACCCAGAGACUAUGAUGUCUUUGUUAUUAAGAUGUACUUGUCUUUUAUUAUGCUUGCAGGGUAUGAAAUUUAGCUCUGGAGUGGGUUAGAGACAGGCUUUGCAAAUGUUGUGGAUAUUUGCAUCAAAAUAUUUCUGUGAAUAAGCAUGUCAUUUUCUUUAUGCAUCUUAUUACUGCUGAAAACUCUAGGACUGUUGAUGAAUUUCCGUAAAGAAAACCAAAAUAAUGUUCUGCCAAAUGCUAUGCACUUAUCUUCAUUUUGCAAUUAAGUUAUUUCUCUGUGCUGCUUAGUUCUGUUUUCAUUCUUGGUGAGGCAUGGAUUUCAUUUCUCUUUGUGAUGAAUUAUUUUCCAGAAUAGGUAUUAAAGUAGCCCAAAUAAACU